GCGGCGCGCGGAACUGGGCUGUUCUUACGGGAAGCGCGUUCACGAGAGGAGCUGAAGAGUGUUUACAAAGACAACAGAUUAUUGUUUCACAUCCACAAAUUGAAGUUUAAAAAGUGAGUCGAGCGCUUAAUCUUCAGUUGUUACACUACAGUCCGCAUCGACAGAACUGAGAUCCAGUCAUGGCACAAAACAAAAGCGGCUACACUCGUUUUGAAAACCCUCCUCCUGUCUCCGGUGUGGAUCAGCCGGCGCCGCCGGGUUUCAUGAUGCCUCCGUCUUAUGACGCCAGUGUUCCUUACGGCGGUCCGGAGGCCGGCGUUCCCGUCGUCAUACCCGUCGGACCGGCGUAUCCUCCACCCGCCGCUUUCGGGAAUCCCAUGUACGGCCAGGAAGGCUCUGGAUGUCCACCGUACCCGUAUCCUCCAGCGGCUCCGUAUGUGGCAGGGACAUACAGCAGCGGACCGUACGAACAACCGCAUCCAUACGCAGUGGCGAUGAGUGAGCCGGGACAGGAUCCUCCUCCAGACUAUGACACCGAACAGUUCAUCAGCUCUGGGCUCGAUAAUCAAGCCGUCAGAAGACUCUUCAUCCGCAAGGUUUUUGCGGUUCUGAGUCUUCAGCUGGCUGUGACCUGCGGCUUUGUGGCCGUCUUCACUUUCGAGCCUCACGUUAAACUAUUCGUGACGCAGAACGUCUGGACCUACUGGGUGGGCUACGUAGUGUUUCUAGUGCCCUACCUAGUGAUCUUGUGCUGCGGAGAGUUUCGCAGGAAGCAUCCGUGGAACCUCGUUUCAUUGAGCAUCCUGACGCUGGCGAUGUCCUACAUGGUGGGUGUGAUUUCCAGCUUCUACGACACCGAUAUCGUGAUGAUGGCCAUCGGCAUUACAGUGCUGGUCUGCUUUACGGUGAUCGUCUUCUCUCUGCAGACCAAGUAUGACUUCACUUCCUGUUACGGCGUGCUGUUCGUGUGUUUCAUCGUCCUGUUGUUCUUUGGGUUCCUUUGCAUCUUCAUGUACAACAGGAUUUUGGAUCUCAUCUACUCGACGUUUGGCGCGCUGCUCUUCACCUGCUUCUUGGCCGUGGACACGCAGCUGCUUCUCGGGAACAAGAAUCUUUCCCUAAAUCCCGAGGAAUACGUGUUUGCCGCUCUCAACCUGUAUCUGGACAUCAUUCACAUCUUCUUAUACAUUCUGCGCAUCUUCGGAAGAAGCCGUGGCUGAAAGUCCAGCGCUGGAGAAACAAACACGGGAACACAAGAGCACUUCCAGACGAAGCGUGUCAUUUACUUCUGUGUUACGACGCCGUCUCGUUUCCUCUUUUAUAUGCAGAGACAAUGAAAGCGUUUGUACUUCCUGUGAAACUCUAGUCUCUGCUCUUGUACUCAUUUGUAUUAAUACAAUCAAGAGCAAAUACACUGAUUUAUCUUAUACUAUGUUUAUGUUCUCCAUCCUUCGUUUUAUGCAUUCUGUUUUAGUUUUAAGAAGGGAAUAAAAACAUUUAUAUCAACA